GGCUGACGUUGAAAAAUGGCUUACGUUUUAAACUCUGAUCCAAACGACAAACUCGAAGAAGAUAUGCCAUGUACUGUAUGUUUGGGGACAUUAAGAGAACCAACAACACUUCCUUGCCUUCAUUCAUUUUGUAAAGUUUGUCUCGGAAGCGUUGUUGAAAAACGUCGCAAAGAAGCACCGCUUGAUCGACCUAUUCGAGAAUUCAACUGUCCAAAUUGUCGUUCUGAGUUUACUUUAGAACCUGACGAAACGGUCGCAAAUAUGCAACCAAAACAACAGAUUAGUAACAAGGUUAAUAAAGCGACGGCCGUACUGGAUGGUGAAACAGGCAUUCCCUGCUCGCAUAAUUGUAGUCAAAGUUACUCGGUCGCUCGUUGUGUCACCUGUGAAAAAGAUUUGUGCCAAGAAUGUCUGACAGCCCACAACAAUUAUCUAGGCCAUAGCAACCAUUCUGUUUUAUCGAUGCCAACGAUGGAGGGGUUGUCGAAACACGAAAAUCACUUGAAGACAAAGCGAAAGAUGUUUUGUAAAGAGCUCGGUCAUGAAGACAAGGCUUUGAAGUUUUAUUGCGAGACUUGCGACAAGCUUAUCUGCAGAUAUUGCAUGGAAUUCGGACAUGACAAGCAAGGUCACACCUGUCGUAUCGCGAAAGAGGUUGCACACAAAAACAGAGUGUUACUAGCUGCAUCUAACGAGAAUUUGAAGAACCUGUUAGAAGAGGGCGAAGCAUUUUUAAAACAGCUUUCGUUUGUUACAGAAAGAGUUGACAUGCACGCACAAGAUGCGAAGUCUGAAUUUGGGGCGAGAAAAGAAACCACCCUGAAACUAAUCCACGACGGCUUCGAAAGAAAGUGUAAAGAAUUGAAUGAUAAAGUCGAUGAAAUCCAAGGAGAAAAACUCCAGAAGUUAAAGCAACAUGAAGAUAAAACCAAAGCUUAUGUCACGAGUAUUCAGCAAUGUGCUCAGACUUAUAUCAAACUUCUCGACGAAGGCACAGACGAAGAAAUCAUUUCUUUACGAAAGACCAUACACGACAGCGAAGAAAAGCUCGUGGCACAACGUUCGAAUCAUUUCAAAGUCCCAGUAACAGAUCUGAAUGCCCACUAUAGCAAUUUCAACGUAAACGAAAUUCAUAUAGCCGAUAUACUAGAACAAGCCAUGGCCAUUAUGGGUCAAAUCGAAGAGGGUAAGUUGUUUUACGUAUUGGAUACUUACGUGUUGUAUUACGUAAUCAGUUUUACGUGUUUACCUCCCACUUGCUCUAGAAAAUAUUGGAAAUUCUGAUGUUAACGUUUGCCUUUGAGUAGGCUGCGGAACAGAAUCACUCAUGAUGCACUAUGACCAUGUAAUGUAUUUUGAUUUAACUAAUUCAAUUUAAUUUUGUAUUUUUUAAAUGUCCCUAACCGCAAAUGUGAUCUUUGGUAUGUGCAAUGUUCGAGUCAUUUUAAAAACAAAAUGCCUUUAUAGUAAAAUAUAUAUAUAUAUAUCUUAUGUAUAAUAUAUCUUUAUAGUAAAAAGCCUCAUCUUGAUCAACUUUUUCACUGUCAGUUUUCGGAUGUCAGGUAGUUGAAUUGCAAAUUAGUUUUCCUUCGUUUUUUACUGCUAAAAUUCACCUAAUGACAUCAUAUCCGGAAACUUUGACAGUGAAAAAGUUGAUCAAAAUGAGGCUUUAAUUUAUUACUUUACUUAUAAAAUGGUAAUUUUGGAAAUGGGCACUUUCCUGGAAUGAAUAGGAUUUUAUUGGGCGAAACGUUUGGGCAUGCCUAAUACAGCUUUUAACUUUUCAUAGAAACAAGUGACCAAGAAUUGGAAACUGACAAGAUUGAAUUAGAAACCGUCGAUCGCAACGGGGUAAGGAAUACCAAUAAUUUUCCGUUCAAAUUCUUAUACCAUUAAUGAACUAUUUCACGUUGUCACAUUCCUGUUUGUAGUAAGAGAUAGUUAUUGAAUGUUAUAAAAUUUAUAGUUGAAGGGACUUGUAGAUGGAGAUUUGGAGUAGAAUUUUUAUAUAUUUAUUAGACCCAACCAUGCAGGAGCAGUUUCACAUAAUAAUAUAUUCAAAUUCAGAUUCGCAUAUUAUCCAAACUCGCAUUGAACUAAAGUCAGCAAAUUUAUCAAAACAUAAACAACUUGUACACUCUUUAAAUAUUUUAAAGAUAUAAUUCUGUUAAAUAUACUCGUGAUUUUAGUCAUAUAAGAUUGUCAACUCGGGUAAAGCCAUCGUCCGAGUAUUGGUAAGCGCCUCAAAAAAUGUUUCAUAAUUUAAAAGUCCGAAACUUCUUAAAAUUUUAUGACAGUAGCAACGAUUAUUGUUGUGGUAAAAUUUUCAGUCUAUAACCUUUCUUCAGCUAAAAAAUUGGAUGAUUCGGCAGUAUGAUUUCGCAUAAUCAAUCUUCUGAAAUGUACCGUCUGAUCGAAUAAUGCAACUAUAAUCCCUCUGGCAUUUUUGCAACACCUCUUGCUCAGGUCUAUAAUAAGAAUUGGCGAGCAGAAAUUUCCAUUCACGAAUCAUUUCGAAUGAAAUGCUUGACAUAAAAUUUAUAGUAUGUUUAAAUUCUAAAUCGAAUUAAUAUUCCAUAGUAUAAGUGUUUAGCUGAAGAAAAAUAUUUGCCAGAUGUGUAUGAACUGUUUUCAAUUGAAGAUUUUGCUUAUAGGUGCAGAAAGAUCAACCCAGUUCAAACAGCAACAAAGGUCUGCGUGCCUAUUAUAAACAUUCCAAAUUGAUUGUUUACGAAGGGGAUAUAACCAGAGAAGCGGUGGAUGCGAUCGUAAUGCCAAUAACCAGGCAGCGUUAUGAGAAUAUUAAGGAUAGUAUGCCAGUUAGUUUUGGAGAUGUUGUCGUCAGGCUUGAAGAUGACCUGCCUUGUAAGAUGGUUUUGUACGUAAUUGGCUUUCAGAAAGACGAACUGCAAGAACAACAAAGUCAAAGUUAUGUUUCGUUGCCGUUGAUGCGCAAAAUAAUUUUCAACAGUUUAGUAUUAGCAACCAAACACAAUGCCAAAAUAAUCUCCAUGUCAGCUACAGGUCUUCAGUUAAAUGAGGAGUGUGCUGAAACUACCUUCGAUAUUGUUGAAGAGUUUCUGGAAGGGUCAAAUAAAUCAGUACAGGAGAUUCGCUUCAUCAACGGAGAUAAGCAAACUUUGUUAUUUUCGAAUGAAUUGUCGAGACGAUACCAAGCCUUUUAAAUGCGCAUAUCGGACCUUUUGCAUGAACAAGAUAAUCAACUCUCUAAUACAACGGAUUCAGGCAAUUUGGAUACAAGGCAUACGGAAAGCAAAGUCAAAUAGGGG